AGAGAGACAGAGAGAGAGACAGAGAGAGAGAGAGAGAUCAGACAGCCAUUUCACACAGACACAAACACACACGCAGCGUCGACACACUCCUGCUGGAUAUUUCUCAGGAUUAUUCUGUGUCCUGACGACCUCUGACCUUCCCUGAUGGACCCAGCCGCUCCUCCAAACAUCCCUGAUGAUCGAACACAUCCCGGGUCUCCUGGGCUCCAGGAAGCUCAUGAUUCCUCCAGACAGAGAGAAGCCACGACAUUACCCAGAAUCCUCCCCGCCGUUCCCACCAUCCAGACCAGCAGCGUCCCACCCAACCCUCCUCCAUACAACCCUCGGGAUCCUAAAACAGCCUGCUUCAUGUACCCCUCACCCCUGCCACAUUAUCCCAACCAACCUGGAGCCAAUCCUGCUUUCUACCAGCCCUCCUUCCUCCCUCGCUCCACUUAUCCCUCCUACACUAUCUACAUGAACGGGCUGCCACUGGGAGAUGAGCAGCCGCCGUUACCUAAAGAUUACCUGGUUGAGUCUCUGCUGGUGACCAUCUUCUGCUGUAUCAUGAGCGGCCUCUUCGCUGUCAUGUACUCGCAUGAAACCCGUGCAGCGCUGAACAGGGGUGACAUCCGCGAAGCUGAGAAAACGUCCCAGAAGGCUCGUCUGCUUGUCAUGUUCAGUUUAAUUUUCGGCACAUUUGUUUUUCUGGGCUGGAUUAGUUAUGUAGUGAUAGUGGUCUGUUUAUAGAAACUUACUUCUGCAUUCAUUUGAUCAAAAAUACAGUAAAACGGGUUAAUAUUAUUAGUCUAAAAUAACUUUUCUAUGUGAAUAUGUUAUUAAACUGUAAUUUAUUUCUGUGAUGCACAGCUGUAUUUUCAACAUCAUUCCUCCAGUCUUCAGUGUCACAUGAUCUACAGAAAUCAUGAAAAUAUGAAGAUUAGCUGCAGCUGCGGAGUAUUUUUGUAGAAACCGUGAUGCAUUUCAUUUUUUAGGAUUCUUUGAUGAAAAGAAAGUUGAAGAGGACAGCGUUGAUCUUUAUUGAAAAUCUUUUGAUAUCAUUUAUAUCUUGUGAACUUAUGAUCAAUUUAAAGCAUCCUUGCUGAAUUGAAAUAUUAAUUUCUUAAAAAAAAUAAUAAUAAUUUUAAACUGUAGUGUAAUUUCUGAAGAAAAAAUAAAUAAAAACUAAGAUGUUAUUUGAAAGUACACUAUAAUUUCUCAUUCUUAAUUUAUAUUCUAAAAUUAAGAAAAUAUGAAUAGUCAUGAAAACUCAUCCAAAUAGAAGCAUGAAAACUCUGUAGUGAUCAAAACUUCCAAAAACGUAAUUUAAACGUUUGAUUAUGUUUGUACAAUAUCCUGAAACUCCUUGAUAGCCAUAGAAAUGACUCUCAUAUGAAAAGCAAAAAUUUUUGGAUUUAAAUAUUAACGUCUUUCAUGUUAAACAGAUUCAACCCUGAUUUUAUUAACUCAUAUUAUAUAAUAUGUACUUUCAGAUAUCAAUCAUGUAUAGAGUUUGUAUUUACAUUCAUAACAUGCAUUUGUUCCUGAAACAGGAAAUGAAUGUCCUUCCUGUCACUGGUAAUAAACCUUGUAUUUCUUGAAUUGGUUACAUAAAGACUACCAUCAGCUAAAGCCUAUGAUUGGCGACAAAUUGAAUUAGGUGUACAGUCUCUAGAUGUUUGUAAAACGCACUAUUGUGUUAAACCUAAUGUAAGUAUGUUGCACUGAAUAAAAAGUAAACUAAAA